AUGGCACUUUCCUUCUCACAAUUUCCAGUAUCAUCCUCCUUUUCCUUUCCAGCAUCGAGAAAAGUAACUCCCCCAAGCAUCUCCUUCCAAAUCAAACCCACACCCAUUUUCCAUGGAUUUCUCAAACACAACCCAAUCACAACCACAAGCAGAAAAAACCAAUUCGCCAUCAUCAUCAAAUCCAGUCAAGAAGACCCAAACUCCAUCACCGGCAACGCCUCUGAAUCGGAACGGGAAACUAUAACUACCCAGCAAACCUCUCCUACUGAACCACCACGGGAGCCGACAAAUGGUACAACCGAUUAUACUAGCAGUGAAGAUGUAUCAGAUCUAGGUGCUCAAAUCAAGAAGGCCAUGGCGGAGAGAGAACAGAAAGAGCCGGACUUUUGGGUCGGAGUGGCGGAGGAGAUCAGAGAGAUCGAGUGGCCGGCUUUCAAUAAGGUGUUGGGCACCACUGGGAUUGUGCUCGGAGUUAUUGCUGGUUCGAGUGUCGUUUUGCUCACUGUUAAUGCCGUUUUGGCUGAGCUUUCCGACCGGGUGUUCGCCGGAAGAGGCGUUCAAGAUUUCUUUGGCUGA